AGUAUUUCAAUAAAAAUAAUAUCAAGAAGCAUGAACAUAAUCAAAUUGUAAAAAAUUAAAAAUUUUUAUAAAGCUUAUUAUCUUACCUAAUGUGGAUCACAUUCACUAAUUGUAUAGUAUUCAUUAAGCAUCAUUCAAAUUAAAAAUUUUUUGAAUUGCUCUAUAAGUUUAUCUAAAUUUGAUGCUUAAGAAAUCGAUUAGAAUAUUAAAAGAAAAUAAUUAUAAAAGAUGUAUGGUCAUAGAAGCUAAUGUCUGAUAGAAAUACAUUAGCUUCUGGUAGUUGGGAUAACUCUAUCCGUCUAUGGGAUGUCAAAACAGGAUAAUAAAAAGCCAAAUUAGAUGGUCAUAGUGAUACUGUUAGAUCAGUCUGUUUCUCUCCUGAUGGAAAUACAUUAGCUUCUGGUAGUGAUGAUAAGUCUAUCCGUCUAUGGGAUGUCAAAACAGGAUAAUAAAAAGCCAAAUUAGAUGGUCAUAGUAAUUAUGUUAAAUCAGUCUGUUUCUCUCCUGAUGGAAAUACAUUAGCUUCUGGUAGUGAUGAUAAGUCUAUCCGUCUAUGGGAUGUCAAAACAGGAUAAUAAAAAGCCAAAUUAGAUGGUCAUAGUAGUUGUAUUAACUCCGUCUGUUUCUCUCCUGAUGGAAAUACAUUAGCUUCUGGUAGUGAUGAUAAGUCUAUCCGUCUAUGGGAUGUCAAAACAGGAUAAUAAAAAGCCAAAUUAGAUGGUCAUAGUAGUUGUAUUAACUCCGUCUGUUUCUCUCCUGAUGGAAAUACAUUAGCUUCUGGUAGUGAUGAUAAGUCUAUCCGUCUAUGGGAUGUCAAAACAGGAUAAUAAAAAGCCAAAUUAGAUGGUCAUAGUAGUUGUAUUAACUCCGUCUGUUUCUCUCCUGAUGGAAAUACAUUAGCUUCUGGUAGUGAUGAUAAGUCUAUCCGUCUAUGGGAUGUCAAAACAGGAUAAUAAAAAGCCAAAUUAGAUGGUCAUAGUAGUUGUAUUAACUCCGUCUGUUUCUCUCCUGAUGGAAAUACAUUAGCUUCUGGUAGUGAUGAUAAGUCUAUCCGUCUAUGGGAUGUCAAAACAGGAUAAUAAAAAGCCAAAUUAGAUGGUCAUACUAGUGCAAUCAUUUCAGUCUGUUUCUCUCCUGAUGGAAAUACAUUAGCUUCUAGUAGUAGUGAUAACUCUAUCCGUCUAUGGGAUGUCAAAACAGGAUAAUAAAAAGCUUAAUUAAAUGGUCAUGAUGAUUGUAUCAACUCAGUCUGUUUCUCUCCUUAUGGAAAUACAUUAGCUUCUGGUAGUAUUGAUUAGUCUAUCCGUCUAUGGGAUGUCAAAACAGGAUAAUAAAAAGCCAAAUUAGAUGGUCAUAGUAACUAUGUUAUGUCAGUCUGUUUCUCUCCUGAUGGAAAUACAUUAGCUUCUGGUAGUGUAGAUAAGUCUAUCCGUCUAUGGGAAAUCAAAAACAAGUAUUGUUCAGAUUAUAGAUUUAAAGAAAUUUAGGUUAAAAAUACAAAAUAUCCUUUUUUUAACACCCCUUUGCAGUAAAAGAAUAUUAUUUAAAAUUUAGAUAAAUCUAAUAUUAUGGUUUACCCAGACUUCAAUUUUGUUUAGGUUUGAGAGAGUUUUUUAAAACAACCCUUUCCUUUUAGGAGAAUUAUUGGAAUAACACUUGA